AUGGGCGUUGCAGCUCUCUGUGGAAAUCCAGAUCUCAGAAAAUUCACCGAAAUCAAAGUUACCGACACUGACGAGCAAGGAGUAGAAGCUACAAAGACAUUGGACUUCAAGUGUGGCCAAAAAACAUUUGUCAUGCAAAAUAUUUCUUCAAUUUACGGUGGAAAAGACCUUUGGAGGUCAAAGAUUCCAAGAAGCCACUCUGAUAAGAAGCUUGAAUGCUCUAUUGAAGGCGGCAGCUUCAAGCUCGGCCUCAUGCAGCUUGGAAUUCCAACUCAAACUCCACUUUGCCAAGCAACAAGCGUCAACAUUACAACGGAUGAGCCAUGCGUCUUCCAAAUUGAUGGCGAAGCUGAUAUCUUAAACGGACCUGGCGUUUUUGAAGUUAUCAGAACAGGUUCAUAUCCAUUCUUAUCAAAGAAAUAG